CCCCUAAUGUAAUAACUGUGUCUGCAUGUCUAAUUUACAGCAGGAGAGAGUAAAUAGCCUAUGGUUAAUUACAGUAUAUGUGUGAGUGUCUGUGUGUGUGUGUGUGUGUGUGCGUGCAUUUGUCUGCACGUGCGUGGGUGUGUCAGAAUGAUUUAUGAGUUGCAAAUAGCUACACCAGUGGCCCGUUUCUCCUCACUUAGUUUUUAAUCUGUCUUUCCAUUAAUUUUCCUGGAGACGUUAUUAUGGUUUUAUAACACUGUGCGCGAGGACGCGCAUGUGAGUGCACGCACAUGAUAAUGAGACAGAGGUGUGGACAUUUUGUGAAGAUGGAGGUUACAUGGUCACCUGAGCUGCUCUUUGCCGCUGCUUAUUCUUGAAGCCGAUUCUCUACUCAGUUUCGCUUCCUUGCAUCCACCUUUUUCCUCCCCUCUUCCUGCGCUUCCUUCACUCUCUUCAUUGAGAGCCCCAACGAACACAGAUCUUUAUUGACAGUACACGGUGGAACAUGGAAACAGCAGGUCAAUCCGUUUAGCCCAAGGGCCGAUACACCAAUUCACCAAUUUGUCAGUGUUAGUUUGAGAGAGAAAAGCAGCUAAUCUCUCCUCUCUGCUCUCUAUUGAUCACACACUUAGACUCCACUUCUCUGUCUAAACACUAUUGAUUCUCCCUCUCUCUCUCUCAAUCUCUCCCUCUCUCUCUCCCAUAUACCACUCCUUUCAACACAUCUCCCCUUCAUACACACUCAACUUCUCACAUCAGCGGCCUGAAUUAUUAUCAUAUGUGUACAUAAAGCCAAUUUUAAUCACAUUAUAGAUGAGUAAGUCUUGAACUUAUAGAUUUCUGUAUAGGUUGAGCUUGUCUGCCAUUCAAAACAGCUAGUUUGACCCACAAGAGUCACAAAUAUUGUCAACCAGUCAACCAGCUGUUUUUCAUCCUUACAUGACAGAGGAGCAUUUCAAAAAACAACAUGUCCAUCAAGAUGAAGGUUAUGUGAACGUGACUACUGGAAUUUUAAGGGUAAAAAGGUUUUACAUUAAGUAAAAUUGGACUAAUAGAUUGGAUUUUGCUUUUAGGGACACCUGUCAUUAAAUAUUUUAGCAAAAGCAAAGAGGGUGAUGAACCAGAAGUAAAGAGAAUAAAAUGUAUCCUACAGCAUUUAUCAAAUAUAUAUUUAAAAUAAAUAAAAUUUUCCACCUUAAAAUCGAAUUAUUUAAAUCCCAACAAAUGCUUUUUGAAAAUAGCAGCAAAGCAGCGAUGAAAUUCAUCAUAGUCCCUUCACAGUGUAGCUGUUAUUCAUUAGACAUGCACGCCCCCUACAGUUGUCAUCUACACAUUACAACCUCUGAAAUUGCAGGUUACAAAACAGACACACACGUGGCUUGUGUAACCUCAAAAUCAGCUGUUUUCGUAACUGGUGCAGUGUGUUUGUGUGUGUGUGUGUGUGUGUGAGACCGGUGAAUUGUUAUCUUCACCUUUCACUUCGCGAGGAUGCCUCCGUCAGCGGCGGGAGCAGAGGAGCGCAGAGCCUAUGUGAGAAAGCUGCUGAGGGAAGUGCUGGUGGGUCGAGAGGAUCCAGAAGGCUUCUUCGCGAUGUGCGUGUCCGUCCUGGGACACCAGGACACCCGCUCCCACUUCCUGACCCUCAUCCAGCCUCUGACCACGGCUAACAGCACCCUGCACUCCGGCCUCACCUCCAUCUACCAGGAUUACUUCUCUAAGACCGAAGAUGAAGAACUGGAACUGGCGUUGGCUCUUUCUGUGCUGGAGAUGAAAGAUGACCAGCUGCCCACCCCAGUCCAGGAGCCUGGAGACGGCCAGACUGACAGCAGAUCGGUUCAGCUGACCUCAGUAGGUCAGCCUCAGGGAAGCAGACACACACAGCUAACAGAUAGAAGUGGCGGGAGAAAAAAGGGAGCCUGGGGCAUGGCAUGCCCACUGAAAAACCCCCAAGAGACUGAGCUCCAGAAAAACACACAGACACUGGCAGCGUGUCAGACUGUGUGCGUCGCCUCACCAUGUGCCUCACUUUCUAAACAAGAGACAGAUUUGGAAGGUGAUGAAAGGACUGAAGAGGGAGAUUCGAUUCAGUCAGGGAAAACAAAACGAUCUAGAAACAGACGGAAGCGGCGUCAAGCAGUCGGACAGCAGGUCGUAGGUUUGCCCUGCUCGCCAUCAGCAGCAGCACCAGUCCUGCUCUGGUGUAGGAGGGAUUUGCGAUUGUGUGAUAAUCCUGCUCUCAUUGGCUCUCUGGAGGUUGGGGCGCCAGUCAUUCCAGUUUUCAUCUGGAGCCCUGAAGAAGAGGAGGGACCUGGGAUAACUGUGGCCAUGGGGGGAGCUUGUAAAUAUUGGCUUCAUCAAGCUUUGUCUCAUUUCCGAUCAUCUCUGGAGGGCAUUGGCAGCCAUCUUGUCUUCCUGAAAGCAGACGGAGCGGGGAGUGGGUUGGGAUCAUCUCUGCAGUCCCUUAAAGAGCUGGUAAAAGAGACUGGUGCGAGAACAGUGAUGGCUAAUGCGCUGUAUGAGCCCUGGCUGAAGGAGAGGGAUGAUGAAGUGGUGUCGGCUCUGCAGAAAGGUGGCGUUCAAUGUAGAAUGUUCCACUCUUACUGUCUCAGAGACCCGUACUCUGUCAGCACUGAGGGUGUGGGACUCAGAGGAAUAGGUUCAGUGUCUCACUUCAUGAGCUGCUGCAGACAGAACCCAACAUCUGCACUAGGGGCUCCUUUGGACCCUCCCGGAUCUCUCCCAACACCUGCCACCUGGCCUCAGGGUGUCUCAUUGGACACUCUGGAGCUGGCUCGCAUGCCCCGCAGGAAGGACGGCUCAACGAUUGACUGGGCAGCUAACAUUCGGAAUUCCUGGGAUUUCAGUGAAGAAGGCGCACAUGCCCGGUUAGAAGCUUUUCUCCAGGAUGGUGUAUACAGGUAUGAGAAAGAGUCGGGCAGAGCAGAUGAACCCAACACUAGCUGUGUGUCUCCCUACCUACACUUUGGUCAGCUCAGCCCACGCUGGCUACUGUGGGACGCCAAAGGGGCCCGCUGUCGUCCCCCAAAGUUUCAACGGAAACUGGCCUGGAGAGAUUUGGCCUAUUGGCAGCUAACACUGUUUCCUGACCUCCCAUGGGAAUCCCUCAGACCUCCAUACAAGGCUUUACGGUGGAGCACUGACCGUCGCCAUCUGAAGGCCUGGCAGCGUGGUCGAACAGGAUACCCUCUGGUGGAUGCGGCCAUGAGGCAGCUAUGGCUGACGGGCUGGAUGAACAACUACAUGAGACACGUAGUGGCAUCUUUUCUCAUAGCUUAUCUCCAUCUGCCCUGGCAAGAAGGAUACCGCUGGUUCCAGGACACCCUCGUGGAUGCAGAUGUUGCCAUAGAUGCUAUGAUGUGGCAGAACGGUGGCAUGUGUGGUCUGGACCACUGGAACUUUGUCAUGCACCCCGUAGAUGCAGCCAUGACCUGCGACCCCUGUGGCAACUACGUCAGGAAAUGGUGUCCCGAACUUGCAGAUUUGCCCGACGAGCUCAUUCACAAGCCAUGGAAGUGUCCCGUGUCCAUGCUUCGACGCGCAGGUGUCGUAAUCGGCCAGACGUAUCCCGAGAGAGUGAUUAGUGACCUGGAGGAGCAAAGGAGUCGGUCUCUGAAAGAUGUAGCUGUGGUGCGCAAAAGGUUCGGGCAGUACGUGGACAAACGCACAGGCUGUGACUUGGUGCCUCUGCCUCCUCGCCUGGUCACAGAGGCCCUUGGUCCGUCACACGGGAACGGUGGCAUCGUGGCAGAAGGGAAGCAGUUCCUGUUGCCCGUCAUCACUCGCAUGGAAUUCAAACAUCAGCUGGCAGAUCCAGACUCGGACGCAGCCUCAAAUCCGUACAACGCCGUCCUGAAGGGGUACGUGAGCCGUAAAAGGGACGAGACCAUUGCCUUCCUUAACGAGAGGGACUUCACCGCCAGUGUGUUGCACGAGGGGGCACAGAGAAGAGAGAGGCUGGAGAGCGACCAGCGCAGAAUGGAGGGACUUCCCCGGCCUCCUGCACCUCCCAGCAGAGCCAGACGAACUCCAAAAGCCAAAGACAAGUUCUCCGUCGUACCUGGAGGGGCAGUUACUUCACUCACAUGAGGAACAUCGGAAAGCAAUCAAGUCAUGAAGUUUACAGGUUGAAAGAAACCAGACAGUUCACAGCCUUAAUGUUAGAGAAAUAGACUUUGAACACUAUGCUAUUAUACUAUGUUCAAAGCAAUGUACUGAAUAUUUGAGUCUAUGUUUUUAAUCAAUGAAGUUUGAAGUGUUUUUAUACAGAACUACUCACAAAUGCGUUGUAACAUGUGGCUGUAAAUGUAUUUAAAAUGUCCUCAGGAGAUUGUUUUUUUAAGUUAUUUUAUUUAAAGUUAUUGUCAGGGUGUUUGUCAAAAGUUAUUCAGCCAAAUCAUAAGCAAUGCAAACAGUAAAAAGGCAAACAGCACAUAAUAUGCUCUGAGAUAACAUCACAGCUUACAUCUGAGUGAUGUGCUGCAUUCUUAUAAACUUGAAAAAUAAUAAACAAAUAAAAACAAGACUA